AACAAAAACAAAACCGCUGAACCCAGAGUGUAUAUAAGGACAAGUCAAGGCACUGUGGAGUGGAGUGUAGGCACCAUCACCUGAAAGACGUGGUCCUGACAGACAGACAAUUCUGUUCCCUACCAAAAUGAAGCUGCUGCUGCUGUGCUUGGGACUGACCCUGGUCUGUGUCCAUGCAGAAGAAGCUAGUUCUAUGUCAAGGAACUUUAAUGUACAAAAGAUUAGUGGGUAUUGGUUUUCUAUUGCUGGAGCCUCUGAUAAAAGAGAAACAAUAGAAGAAAAUGGCAGCAUGAGAGCUUUCCUGGAGAACAUCACUGUCUCGGAGAAUUCCUUAGACUUUAAAUUCCAUUUUAUUGUAAAUGAAGAGUGCACCGAAAUGACUUUGACUGGUUACAAAACAGAAAAGCCUGGCACAUAUUCUGUGAACUAUGAUGGAUUCAAUACAUUUACUAUACUUGAUACAGACUAUGAUAAUUAUAUUACGUUUCAUCUCAUUAACAAAAAGGAUGGGGAAACCUUCCAGGUGAUGGGGCUCUACGGCCGACAACCAGAUUUGAGUUCAGACAUCAAAGAAGAAUUUGUGAAACUAUCUGAGGAGUAUGGAAUUGUUAGAGAAAAUAUAAUUGACUUUACCAAUGUCAAUCGCUGCCUCCAGGCCCGAGAAUGAAGAAUGGCCUGAGCCUCCAGUCCAUGUUGAGUGAAGACUUCUCACCAGGACUCCAGCAUCAUCCCUUUCUAUCCAUAUAUCAUCCAGUGACAAGUUCUGUGAUAUGUUUUCCAUCC